ACUUGGAAGCGGUAAAAAGAUUCCGUGAAAGCUUGUUGAAUUUGAAGAAGAGCCUCAAAUAAAUCUUGAUAGGCUAUAUUAAGCCUUACCUAUUGCACGCCGCACUUUACUAUACUCAACAUCACUUAUCAUUAGUAUUCACCAGAAAAUUAUUAAGAUUAAUUCAAACUACUACUAAUAAGUAUUAAAAAUGGUUACAGCACAACUAGGUUGUAAAAAUUUACUGCAAUACUGAGUAUUUUUCAUAUUUAUUUGAACUUUUAAGGUCUAACAAGAGAUACUAUGUAUGUUAGCUAGGAUGCCAUUGCCUAUACACAUAGCAAGCUCUUCUGGUAAUAAAAGUUGUCUAAAGAGAGUGAUUGAUACUGUUGCUCCUGAAGUUCUUGAAAUAAAGAAUGAAUGUGGAAAGACACCUUUGAUGUUGGCUGUUAUUCACAAUCACUUUGAAUCUGUGAACCUUCUACUCAAAGCUGCAGUACAUGUUGAUAACUCUGAUUCUCUGGGACAAACAGCUCUAUAUAUAGCCACUAAUAAGAAUAGAUAAUAAUUGGGUCACAUGCACAUUGUGCUCCGGAAAAAUUCUGGUUUUCCGGAUUUUUCCCUAACCGCACUCCGGAAGUUUCCAGAAAUCCUAGUUCCAGAAGUUUCAAGAAAUCAUCUAUCACAUUUAUACGUACACCUCUACAUUACGCUUGUAUGAGAAGUGGUUAUUUGAAUUGUGUAUCAGUGCUUCUUGAAUCUAAUGCAGAUCCUAACAUUGUUGAUAAUAAGGGUAAAUUACCUCUGCAUUGGGCAGUAUUGGCUAAUCAUUGCGAAAUUGUAAAGUUGCUAUGUGAUUAUGAGACAGAUGUAAAUACAAUGAUGAAGAAAAAUGAUUGGAUUACUGCACUUGAUUUAGCAGUUAUGAAGAAUCAUUAUAAAAUUGUCAAAGUACUAAAAAUAUAUGAUGCACUUCAUGCUGAUGAAAUUAAAAAUAUUGCCGCUCAAGCAAUUCAACAAUGGUAUCGAAAUCAUCACUUUAUGAAACAAAUCUAUCAUAACCUUCAUGCAAAGAUGGCAGAAUUGCUAUGAAAUAGUUAACGAACCACCCUGUUGUCAUUAUUUAAAAAAUUUUUUGACUGGCUUCCAUCAGUGGGGCCUCUGAAUCAUGCCCACAAGAGGUCUGGAUGUUUUGCAUUGUGAAGUAUUUUGUUUCUACAAACUGCAGUCUGUCAAACCAUCUGUAAAACGAUUUCUAUGAUUGUGCUGAGAAAAGUAAGUUGUUAAUAAAUCAUAUUAAGUAAAUUAUUUAUUUUUAUUUAUGAUACAAUAUCCUUAUAAAAUUCAUAUUAAAGUAUAUCAGUUUUAAAAUUAUAAGAAACUUGAAAAUCUAAUAAUUUUUAACCAAAUGUGGAUAGUAUGCUUUAUAACGAUUGAGUUAUUGUUGAGAACUUAACUAUCUGGAAAUUAAACUUUCUUGAAUAUAAUGAAAAACUUUCUUUCUGAAAAGAAGUUUUUUGAUCCUUUUAAAAGUGCUAUCUAUUAGAAUUACUGUUCGUGAAACUAAUUUGUUUAUACUAAUUUUUGAGUAACGAGGAUAUUAAUUGGGAAGGGCUGAUAUAUUGAUAUGUUCCCAGAGUGGCCACCCACCUUGAAAACCUAGAAUUAUCAGGAAAUUUUUUUAUACUAGAAAAACCUGGAAAAAUCAGGGAAAUUUGGAUAAAAAUCGGGGAAGUUUAAAGAAGAGCUGGAAAGUUUAAUUUCCCUAAUUUAAAUUAUUUACUAAUUUUCUUAAUUUAAACUAUUUGAUCCAUUAUACCCAUAUUUUUUAGACGGAAAUCUAUCUCCAAACAGUUAAAAUGUCAUCCACUUAGCUAUACUUUGCUUGCAUCAAAAUUUGCUCCAUUAUAAGCCUGUUAAACUAGAAAGCUGCAUAAAAUUCUCCCAUGGUUGGUAAACAAAUGUAUAAACCUUUGAUCUCUAUGGAGACUAUGGGACUGUGCAAUUUAAGAAAAGCAAAGAUUGUGCUGGACGUGGAAGAAGGGGUUAAGAUAUUUGCUUCUGUUUUUAAAUUCUGUCUGUGGGCUGAAUCAGUUUAUGGCUCAAGUUUGUUCCGAUGCUUUGGUGGUUAUGUUUUUCUAUUUUGACAAAAUGUGUCAAAAUGUUUUUCUAUUUUUAACUUAAUAAAAUUCUCCAAAAAAUUUGUUGGUUAUAAUUUAAUAAUAAUAGAUUUUAUAUUUCACUCUUUUUCUGAAAGCUUUUGAACUCCCAUUGAAAGAAAUCUAUAAGUUAUUUUUUCUCUGCAAACCAACCAAUCACACAUUUUCAUACAAUCGCUAACAGCAAUGUUUUUCAACAAAUUGUUGCAUUACUCUUGCAGCCAUAUACUCUUUUGUCUAAAAACUAAAUAAUCUUUGCCUUUUUUUUAAAAAAAAAUCCAAAUAUUUAAAGAACAACUAAUCUUAAUAUUU